GGCUAAGUGAUAAUGUGAUUGUGACUCGAUUCCGAGUUACGAUCGAUCAGUAUACCAAAAAUUCGUCAAAUCGUUAUCAAGUGAUUUUUGCUAGUGACAUUUUCUCCUUUUAAAAUGAAAUUACCAGUAUUCAUACUCUUCAUUCUGGCAACAUACGCUGAAGAUAUACCAGAUCCUCUCUCUGAUGAGUUCAUCGAACAUAUAAAUAAACUCAACUUAUCGUGGAAAGCAGGUAGGAACUUCCACAAAUCUGUGAAAUUUUCCGAUGUUAAACGUCUUCUGGGAGUUUUACCUGGAAAACCUUCGAUUCAGCUCAGAACAGUUCAUCCAAGCAAGGUUGAUAAGAAUACAACUGUCCCUGUUAGUUUUGAUUCGCGUACAAAAUGGAGUAACUGCGAAUCCAUAAGGACGAUAAGAGAUCAAGCCAACUGUGGAGCAUGCUGGGCAUUCGCAUCCGUUGAGGCAAUGUCCGAUAGGCUUUGUAUUGCUUCUAAUCAAACAAAGCAAAUUUCUGUAUCUGCUGAAGAUUUAUUGGCUUGUUGCGGGAUAAAAUGUGGAAAAGGAUGCAAUGGAGGAUUUAUUGCUCAAGCUUGGAUGUAUUGGAAUACCAACGGUAUAGUCACUGGCGGGAACUACGAGAGAUAUGACGGGUGCAAAGCGUAUUCAAUUGCCCCAUGUGAACAUAACAAGACAGGAAUUUAUAAAAAUUGUACAUACAUUGCUGAAACUCCUCAAUGCAAACGGCAAUGUGAUGACAUUACCCUCAACUACACGUCUCAGAAAACUUAUGGACACAAGCCCUACACUAUUAUAGGUUAUGAAAAAGAUAUUCAAUUGGAGAUAAUGACGAAUGGACCAGUGGCAGCGACUUUAGAAGUUUAUUCAGACCUAUUUAGCUAUAAAUCAGGAGUAUACCGAAAGUCAAAUUACUCCAAGUUCGUAGGAUUACAUGCUGGUAAAAUAAUUGGAUGGGGAGUUGAAAAAAACGUUUCCUAUUGGUUGAUUGCAAAUUCUUGGAAUGAAGAUUGGGGUACAAAUGGUUUCUUCAAAAUAGUACGUGGUGAGGAUCACUGUGGAAUUGAAAGCACAGUAGUUGCUGGCCUUCCAGAUUUCAGAAAUAACAAUACGGACAGUGGAAAUGGCUCAUUUGCACCAGACCCGACAAGUAGUGUUUUUCUCAUCAUAUUGUUGACUAUUCAAUUUUUGUUUUAUUCUCUAACAAUGUAGUUUUUCAACAAACAUGUAAUUAUAUUGCAUGUUUUUCUUCUAUAUUUACGGUGUCCGUAAAUGAAACAUGUUUUGCAAAAAUUUUAAGUUGAAUAUUCCACAAAUGAUGUGAAAACGGUAUUUUGUCAUAAUUCAUUACAAAUGUAAUCAAAGAACAAUUUAUUGUUCUAUUUCAGUCUAUGAACAUUCUCAAUAGUGGUUUGGUAAGAAGUUAUCUUCACUUUUGGGAUUGUCUGAAAUUAAUGAAAUCAUAUGAAUGCUCAUGAAUUUUUAUUUUUAUUAAAGAGAAAGUUUUGCAUUGGCUUCCUUA